CAAACGUAAAUCGUAAGAAUUCGCUUUGUACAAAGAACAUUGUGAAUUUAAAUGGUUCGCUACGACUGUACGCCACGUUACUGUUUUGUUAAAGAAAUGAUGUAAUAUAAUAAUAAUAAUAAUAAUAAUAAUAAUAAUAAUAAUAAUAAUAAUAAUAAUAAUAAUAAUAAAGUGCGAUUUUAUACGGCCAGUUUCCAAAGAGGUAACUUUUUUUAUUUGCGAACUUUGAACCAGAAAUUACUCAUAGUACGUUUACAAUGUUUAAUUAAUUGUAAAAUAACAUAUUACAAUGUUACGUAGAACGUAGAAAUGUGAUUAAAAAUCGAACUGUUACGUAACCCAUGAUAAAAGUAUAAUAGAUGUUUUACACAUGAGAAUUGGCCCACAGGCGGCACAAUCAUCCGUCAGAAAUACGUGACAGCGAGAACUAUGUUCUACGAACAAAUCCGAUUUCUGCGAGUUUGACAGAUGAUCAACUGUCAAUUUCUAAACACUUAGAAGAGGUAACAAUUCAAGGAGUAAUUCACGAUGGAAGCAGUACCGAGGUUGCCGAUGAUAUCGUUUCAAUUAAAAGUUAGCCCGGAAACAACUACGUUUGGACCAAAGCUAAAGCAGGUGCUAAGUGAUUUUUAUAACGAGGAUCCAGAAUCUUACUCGAAUGAAAUACAUCAGUUGGAAAGUUUACGAGCAAUGGCAACGCGACCGCUAAUCGAUAUGACUGGUUGCUUGUUAUUGAAAAAAUAUUAUUGUCAAUUACAUUUUCUUCAAAGCAGAUUUCCAAUGGGAAAAGAUGGUGCAGCAGCAGUCACAUUUACAUGGAGAGAUACAUACGCGAAUAUGGUCUGUUCAUUGGCGAAUAUUCGCUUUGAAAUAAUUUCAAUAUUAUAUAAUAUUGGUUCGAUGCACACUCAAUUGGGUGCACGUACGGAGAGAAUAUCAGCCGAUGGUAUGAGAAUGGCCUGUGCUCAUUUUCAGUGCGCAGCAUGGGCAUUCGAACAUUUGAAGAACAGUUAUCCACAGCCAUCCGGUGUAGAUUUAGCUCCAGAAUUGAUGACAUUUAUGCAUCAGCUUUGUUUGGCCCAGGCACAGGAAUGUAUAUUAGAAAAGAGUAUGCUUGAUAAUCGCAAACCCACAAUUGUAGCAAAGGUCGCAAGACAAAUAGUGGAUUACUGCACUCUGGCGCUAACCACGCUUAAACAAGGUGGAAGCGAGGAUGGAACUAUAUCGGACACAGUUGGUACCAAAAUAUAUAAGAGCUGGAAACGGUAUGUAAAGUUUAAAAAGGCCUACCACUUGGCAGUUACGCAUUUAUAUCAAGGUCUAGCAGCGGAGGAACAGAGAAAAAUGGGGGAAAGGGUGGCAUUUUAUAACGCGGCGUUAGCUGCGUUAAACGAAGCACAGUCGAUUUAUGCCAACGCGAAGACUCAAGAGAAAACACUUAUAGAAGAAGCACUUACGUUUACGAACGACGUGAUAGAAGGGAAACGGAAAGCAGCUAAAAAUGAAAAUGAAUUUAUAUACCACGAGGAAGUACCUGAAAAGGAAACUUUGCCCACAGUAAAAGGUGCCUCGUUAGUUAAAGGAAUAUCAUUUAGUAUAAACGAUCCUGAAGUUUCGGGUCCCGACAUAUUUGCGAGACUAGUACCGAUGAAAGUUCACGAAGCGAGCUCUUUAUACUCGGAGGAAAAAGCAAAGAUAUUACGGUCUGUCGGUGGAAAAAUCGAGGAUAAAGAUCAGCAAUUGAACACCUACUUGACAUCUUUAAAAUUGGAACACAUGAGUUUAUGGGACCCUGAUCUUCAAACUACAGAAUGGGAACGCUUGCCUCUUCCCGAUGAACUGGUUGAAAGAUGUGCAGCACUGAACGCGAAACAGCACGUCAUCCAAGAUUUAGUGGAUAUCAUGGGGAAAUUAUCCAACACCAGUCAAGACGUGGAGAAGAUAUUAAAAGAAAUUAAUAAGCUUCUUCUUGAUGAAGAAAUGAAAGAGAAACAGUAUCAGGACGCGGUCGGGAAGAGACCACCGUCUAUCGUAGCGACUGAUUUAACCAGAGAGGCUAAAAAAUACGAAGAAGCUCACAAUAAAGCAUCGGAGAGUAACCAUGCUCUGCAUAAAGCGAUAACAAUGCAUGUGAAAAAUUUGAAAAUACUUGCUCAACCACUUGCAGAGCUUAUCGCUCACAUUCCGUCGCCAAGCGCAUACCUUUCAGAACAAAAUAAUGAGAAAUCGCAUACUGCUAUUGAACUGGAACGAAUGCACACGAAGGAGUUAAAACACAUUUUAAAUAAAGUGGACGAGAUGCGUCGACAGAGAAACGAAUUGCACACGAAACUGCGCGACUCUAUAGCACAGGAUGAUUUAACGCGUCUAUUAGUUACCGCCACAUCCGAUUCCGGACCUCUGGAUCGUUUAUUUACGGAUCAACUUAGUAAACAUCAAAGUUUGGUGUCAUUGAUAGAGCAAAAUCUUAGCGCGCAGGACAAUAUUCUAGCGGCUUUGACCGACGCAUACGCUCAAACCGCCAAUGUGCGAAAAGGAGUCGAGGAAAUACUGAAACGCCGAGAACAUAUGGUGUCUUCUCUGAUCGCAUCUUACGACGCUUACGAAGAUUUGCUAGGAAAAUCCAGCAAAGGUCUCGAAUUUUAUAGGAAACUAGAAAUAAAUGUCUCGAAAUUACUUCAACGAGUGAAGAGCACUUGUAAGGUACAAGAGGAGGAACGGGAGCACAUUCUUGCUCAGGAUAACAAGAGUUCUCAAGAAAAAGUCGACCCGAUGACAACUACCGCUUACGAUCAGAGCACCGUUCGGUCUGGUAGCGGUCUGAAAUUGAAAUAUUAUUUGAACAACAAAGCGGAGAAUGUUCAGAGUCAAUAUUACAAUACGUACAAAGGUCAGGCUAGGCCAUUUCCAUCGGACGCGACAGCGAAAGCAUAUCUGAACGACGCGGUGGACAAAAGUAUAAUUCAUUCCGCUGGAAUACCAGUGCCGGAUGCAGCCGCAUCUGCGCAGGCUAUGCAACAGUAUUAUCCUACACCAUACACAGACUACAAAUCUAAUUUACCAUACACCUACGACACGAUUUCGUAUAGCGAAAAUCCUACGGUAAACCAUAGUUCGGGUCAAAGCUACGCGCAGAUAAACAACACGGACACCGCGGAUACCUAUCCGCAAAUACCUCCAGCUGGUACAACAACGAGCAUAACGAAUACCACUGCACAUUAUCCGACAAACUCUUUCGCGUCUAAUGGACAAUUCUCGGCAGUUUUGGAUGGACAACACAAAUAUCCUACUAAUUCGCAGCUACAGUACAAUCUCCCUUCAAACGCGAUGCAAUACGAGGCUUAUCAACCUGUAGCAGGUUACACUGGGUAUAAUGUCGCGCAGCAGUACGCCCCAGUCCUCGAUAAGACCGAUAACGCAGUUAAACCGGAAAUUCGAAAUGUAUCUUCUCAAGUGUCGGUGGUUGCGCAGACCUCUGUACCGACGUCGACUACGGUUGGCAAUCCUGUUAACGUGCAUCCGAGUCUUUACAUCGCACCGGAUCAGCAACGACAGCAAUACGUAACCGAGCCUCAACAGACACUUGUUUCUCAAGAAUCCGCUGGAACCAUUAGAAGUCACCAUGUCUUGCCCGCGGAUAAUUCUCAGAUGCAAAAUUAUGUUCUGCCGCAAAUCAGUCAGAAUGAAAUUCUAUCUUCUCAAGAUUACAGCGGUGCAGCAUACUAUAACCAAACGGAUCCACAUGCUCAGCAAAUCGCGUCCACCCAAAGCACACCUGGAACAGCUAAUAUCGCUGCCUCUUCGUCUUACAUACCGUCGCAGUACAUGAAUACAAACAUUCCACAGUCGGUUAAUCCUACCACGUCCCUGACCGUUACAGGAAACGAGAUGAAUACUUCAAAUUUACAUAGCACCGCUGUCUCGCAGUAUCGAGAACAGGGGAAACCAAUUUAUACGAACAAAACAUACUCAUAUGGGACGCAAGUAUCGAUCAACAACACUGCUUUAAGUUACCCUAGCACUUAUCAUAGUUUACAACAGAACACUGGUGUUUCGUACCCACAAACAAUGCUGCCUUCGGAUACCUGUAACACGUACACAUUCUCAAAUUGCCCCAAUACUACGGAAAUAAUUCAAAGUCACGCAAAAUCGAUGAACAUCCAGAAUUACUCGCAAAUGUAUCAAUAUCCACAACAGUCCCAUUAUUCUGGAUACGCUAGUUAUUCGCAUCCUUAUAAUCAAGGAUACAAUUAUAUGCAAAGUAAUCAAAUGACGAAUGCAGUGACAGAGCCCUACAAAGGGCAAAUGGCAUACGUGUAUAAUCCUACUAGUCAGUGUUACGAAUACAAUUCGAUCAAUCUUCAAAGUACGCAAGCUGUUGUUCAGGCACAACAACAACAACCUUCUGAGUUGGCGCUGCAGACGACUGUUAAAAAUAGCAAUGUUUACCUGGCUCAAGAGAGCAACUCGACCUAUACGAAUGCUAGCAAUAAUGCUGUGGUAAGUCAAACACCGUCUUCUCAGUAUUCCGGACAGCCGUAUCAACCGCAAGGAACAGCCGAUAUUUAUUACACUACACAGUACGGUCUUCAAGUUCAAAGUCAAGCGACCACUGUCAAGAAUGAAAACCAUUCCAAUUACAACCAGACGUAUAUGCAAGCUGUUAACAAUGGAACGAACACUACAACCAGCGCGAAUCCUACAAAGUCUACCACAAAGUCAUCGGAAAAAUCAAACGUGGAUUUGUUGUCUGAUCUCGACAUUACUAUAAAUCAUGCACCCCUAGUACCAGAAAUACGGCCCCUGAAUAAAACUCUGACGCAAGACGAGCCUGUAGUAAGCACUUCUGACGUCGAAAGCAAAAAGGAACAAAAAGCCGAUGGCGAGCAAGUCAAUGCUCAAACUACCAAUAACGAGGACAAAGUGGAAAAUGAAAAUUUACAAAUAGUCUGGGAUACGUGGUACAACGACGUGCAACCGAAAAAGGAUCCCUUGGGAGAUCCAGUGGCUCUACAAAAAUUCAUUAGCGAAGUUGAAAAAUAUGAGAAAUUUAUAGACAGUCUGCUUGUUAAAACGUUAAGCGGAGCGACCAAUCUUGACAUAAAAUGGAAGGAAAUUCAAGAGUUCGAAGAAAGAGAAAGUGGAAAGCAAUCGUGUACCGUGGCGCUCGCUCAUUCCUCGGAGAACAGAGUAAUGGAUUGUAUUCCGUAUGAUGCGGCCAGGGUUCAAAUUUUAUCAACCGACGUUCCAAAUUAUAUCAAUGCUUCCCAUGUAAUGGAAAUCACGCAAUGGAUACCAACGUCGUUCAUUAUUACUCAGACUCCAUUAGCAGAUAAGACAGAAGUAUUUUGGGUAAUGAUAUGGGAGCAGGAAUGUGAAAUAAUUGCAUGUCUGGCAACGGAUGCGCAGUUAAAUGGUGAAAUAUACUGGCCUAUAAACGAGGAAGACAUUUUAAAUAUUGGUAACUUCACGAUUUCGUUGAAAAAGAGGGUGAAUCACGUAUCCUACAUCCAGAGGGUUAUGUCUGUAUAUAAUGUUAAGAAAAAAUCAGAAAAGACUGUUGUGCAUAUGCAAUUCCUGACAUGGCCUUCCAAUGGUUUCCCUAGUAGUCCAGGUGCGUUGCUUACAUUUUCAACGGACGUAAUGACAGAACAAGCACUACGACGUAGCUCGAAACCAAUUGUCGUUCACUGCCUGGAUGGAGGAUCGUUGAACAGCUUAUUUUUGGUCGCAGCAGCAACAGUGUAUCAUAUACGCGCUGGAUGUGGAAUAGUCGAUGUACCUCUUCUAUUCAAAGGCCUUCUCAAGUGUCGCAAACAAAUUGUAAAUAAGGAGUCUUUAUUAUUUGCGUAUCAGCUAGUGUUAUACCACGCUCAAGAUAUCUUAAUGAAACGUGGCAUUUUAUCAUCUACCCGUUCAACAUUUGAAAACUUUGAAGGAUUCAAAGGAAACAAGGAUAAAAUUUCUAGAAAAAUGCACCCUUCCGAUGAUUUUCUUCAGAGCCUCGGCAUUAAUGCUCAACGUUCAGACACUGAACAAGAUCGGCAAAAACCUUCGCAAAACAGUGGUACAGGAUCUUCAAACUCGACAUCCAUCCAAGAAAAAGGUAAAGAAGCAACCAUAGACCCUUUGAAUCAAUUAGAUCCUUUAUGGUCCAUUAGAAGAUAAACAAUUAUAAUUGGAAGUGAAGUUUUAUUAUGCAUUAAUUAAUUAAUUAAUUAAUUAAUUAAUAAAUCUAUUAUUUAAAUAAAUGUUUCCAUUCCCGUAUUUCUUAAAUUAACAUUGCUAGUGUUAAUGGAAAACAACGGUAUCGAGACAAUUGUAUAAACAAAACGCAAUUCAUAUUAGUACAAAUGAAUUACACUUCU